AUUGCCAGAAGAAGACAACGCAGCAUAAAAGUGUUUGUAAGACAUCCGCCAUUAAAACAAAGAAGAAAACAAAGCCAAAUUCAUGUAAAUAAAUGAAUAAAUAAAACCUACAUAUUGCACGAUGGCACGACUGAGCAUGGAAACGCGACAGAAGGUGGUGUCGCUGCACGAGAAAGGUCUGUCACAGACCCAGAUUUCCAGGAAGACAGGUGUUUCCAGAUGUGCGGUGCAGGCUCUGCUGCAGAAGCACAAAGAAACGGGCAACGUGGAGGACCGCAGGCGCAGCGGGCGGCCGCGCAAACUCAGCGGGGCCGACGAGCGGCACAUCAUGCUGACGUCCCUGCGGAACCGGACCAUGACCAGCGGCGACAUCAGCUCCGAGCUGGCGGUGACCAGCGGCACCCUGGUGCACCCAUCCACCAUCCGCAGGAGCCUGCUGAGGAACGGGCUGCACGGAAACCCCUACCUGCGCCGCGGAAGCAAGGCCAGGCACCUCGUACACGUCUUUCUGGGAGACAUGAUUGAUUAUGCAAUCCUUAAUACGGGGCAGAAGAUGCCCCUGAUUGGACUGGGAACAUGGAAAAGUGAGCCGGGAAAGGUUAAACAAGCAGUUACUUGGGCCUUGAAAGCUGGUUAUCGCCACAUUGACUGUGCAACCAUCUAUGCUAAUGAAGCUGAGAUUGGAGAAUCCUUGGAGGAGGCACUUGGCCCUGGCAAGGCAUUGAGACGAGAGGAUGUGUUCGUCACAUCAAAGCUGUGGAAUACUCAGCAUCAUCCAGAGGAUGUGGAGCCAGCCCUUCUUAUGACCCUGAAGGACCUAAAGCUGAAGUAUCUGGACCUCUACCUCAUGCACUGGCCUCAUGCCUUCCAACGAGGAGAUGUUGCUUUUCCUAAAAAGGAAGACGGCACCAUGCUCUAUGACAACAUAGACUACAAGCUGACCUGGGCUGCCAUGGAGAAGCUGGUGGGGAAGGGCCUUGUCAGAGCCAUCGGCUUGUCUAACUUCAACAAACGGCAGAUAGAUGACAUCCUGUCUGUCGCCAUCAUUGCACCUGCUGUUGUUCAGGUAGAGAGCCACCCCUACCUGGCCCAGACGGAGCUGAUGGCACACUGCCGGAACCAGGGCCUGGUGAUGACGGCCUACAGCCCGCUAGGGUCUCCUGAUCGAGCCUGGAAAGAUCCAAAGGAGCCUGUGGUGCUUGAGGAGCCUGUGAUCGCAGCUCUUGCAGCAAAAUAUAACAAGUCUGUGGCUCAGAUUGUCCUAAGAUGGCAGACACAACGAGGAGUAGUAACGAUCCCAAAGAGCGUAACAGAGUCCCGUAUCAGAGAGAACAUUCAGGUGUUUGACUUCAUGCUUGAAACACAGGAAAUGCAGAGCAUUACAGCACUUAACAAAGGAUGGCGCUACAUUGUACCUAUGAUCCAAGUUGGAGAAGAGCGGGUUCCCAGGGAUGCGGGACAUCCUCACUACCCUUUCAAUGAUCCAUAUUGAAAACCCACACCAUGACUUCCAUUUGUGCCUUUGAUUACACUGCAUUUGUUCUCACAUGGAAUUUGCAGCUCCUUUGAUUUUUGGCUAGAUAUGUGGAACCAUAGCAUGGGUGCUUCAUGUGGUGUACGGUCUCGAUCACUAAACUGACACUACGAAAUGUUACACACUCAAAGCAAUGCACAUACCGUUUGAAAGCAAAAACUUGAUUUGCUGGUUUGUCUUGUUCCGCAGUUAAUGUAUCUUAAAUAUGAGGUAAAUUAUGUCUAUUGUCUCUUCAAACUGCAUUAGUUUUAAUUAGCACACCUGCAAAUAUUGUAGAGCUGUUACAUUGUUAGCCAGUUACCUAGCUCACGUUGAUCUAUGUGUAAAAACUGUUAACGUGAUGAUUUCAGCAUAUUGAAUCGGCUAGAUAUUGAUCAGAUCACGGGUCUAAUCGGUUAAUUGUGGUACAGAUAAUGACUGGAAACAAAUUUAAGCUUCAACGAGGUGUGUUUGAAUUUUCCACUUUCUGAUGUAAAAGCAUUUGUUUGUUUUCAGGCUAGAGCCUGGUUGUAAUGAAGCCUGUAGUCUGUGUACAUGCCACUCCUUUCUAAAUAAAUAUUUUACAGCAUC